AGUAUCAUUCUUCAACUUUUAAAAAUGGUUUCUUUCAAUGCUUUAGCUGUUAUUGCUCUCGGAUCUAUCACAUCCGCUGCCACCAUCACCACUACGAACUACGCUACCUACCCAAGUGUUGCGCAUACUGCUUCCAUCAAUGGUUUUGCCGACAGGAUCUACGCUGACUUGCCAAGUUGUGCCCAACCAUGUGUUAAGGAGGAUACCGGUAUUACUCCAUGUCCAUACUGGGACACUGGAUGUUUGUGUGUGAUGCAAAACUGGGAUGACAGAGUCGCUAACUGUGUCGCUUCUGCUUGUAGUGGUGCACAAGUAGCCACUGUCACUUCCUUGGUCACUUCUCUUUGUUCUUCUGCUGGUGUGCCUUCUCCAUACUGGUUCGUUGGUACUGCUGCCUCAAAUUCUUUGGUCACCGCAGCCGCUGCUGCUUGAAGGGUCUCUUUUUUGCAGCCUAAAUACUUGUUUUUCUUUUUGUGCAAUGCAUAUAUAAAAUUAAAACCGUAAUUAACUCAUUAAAAUCCAAGAAAAUAGAGAAUUAAAAUCCAGCUAGAAACAUUAUUCUUAUUGGAAGUGUUUUUGGAAGUAGUCUCUAGACUCGACAAGCUUUCCAUUUCUGCAGAUUUGAAAACCAGGGAUGAAGUUGCAGUUUUUUGUGCUGAAGUAAUCUGCGGGUCAAUGUACACAGGAGUGUACGAUGCCUCAGAAAAAUAAAAUGUCAGAAAAUUAGCUAAGGUGCAUUUCUGAUUAUCUAAACAACUGACAGAUGCGGUGGGAUACGCUCCUGUCACCGAUAUAGUUCCAUCAUCAAUGACAUUAAAUUGAGGGCUCCUUAGUGCAUCUCUAUAUGCGAGCGAAUAGUUGGAGGGAGAACAAAUGCCGUCGUUGUAACAAUAAAAAUCGGUUUCAAUACAAUAGGAAUUGGGAUUGAACCCUUCAUAAAGGAGCUCCGAUGAGUUGCAAUUCCCUAAAUAGUACUCGUAGAGGACCUUUUCUUUUAUGAAUACCAUUUUGAAUUGGAUCAUGUUCGAUGCCAAGCAACUGUUAUUGGAUCGGGUGGAAUAUCUUAUACGGAAUAGGUUGUUGAAGUUAUCUCUAACUCGGGAGUAGAACACUGAAUUAGCAUCUCCUUUCACCACCGCAGGGUAUGCCACAUAAAGUGAAUCGAAAUAGCUAUCGAUGACCUUGACGUCUAUCUCAUGGAAUACCAAGCUAGCAUCAUCUGCUGGGUCCUUGUACAAAUAGUUAUUGAUUCCCAAAGUGACUGGAAUAUUACUGUUGGUGGGUACGAUGGUUCUGGGAUAGUAGUUAUCGGUUUGCACAGAACGCUCAGAAUCAACCAGCUGCUGGUAGUUAUCAACCCCACAUAUAUACUGCAAACAAAACACCGAGUGGAGUCGUAGUCCUAGUAUUAUGGACAACACAAACACCUUCAUAGUAGUACAGAUGUUCUUUGGAUGGAAAAAAACUUUUCUCACUAUAUGUGGGCCCCCGCCUGAGAGGGAUUGAAGAUUUCACGAAAUUACAAAAUUAGAAACUUCCCAACUAGAAGCAUUGAUGGGGGCCAUCUAAUGGUUUAGAUCAUCUCCGGACCUCAUCCACUAUUUCAGAUAUAUGGACACAGGUAAAGUGCGAUAAUACAAGGUUAAUUUGUUUUUGAUAUUUUUGCAUCCGGCUAGGUCUGGCAGUGCAUCAAAACUAUUGUCA